AUGAAUAAUAGAGUUGGAGUUGAUGAAACUGUUGAAGUUAACUCUAAUACAACACGUUUGCAAAGAUUACUUGAACAUUUUCGAGGACGAAAAUUACUUUGGAUAAUAUUUCUCAUUAUUUUAAUUUUUGUAAUCAUAGUUGUUGUAAUAACUACUGUUUUGUUGACCAGAACGAAAAGAGAGAAAACAUCAACAAUAACAGAGAUGACAACAGAGAUAACAACAGAAAUAACAUCAGAAACAACAGAGGAAUCAACUAUGGAAACAAUAACAACAAGUGAAUUGUUAACAACAAUAACAAGUGAAGAAUUAAUUCCAUCUGGUAUUAUCGAUAAAAAUACAAAAUGGAAACAGGAUGCAGUUACUGUUGCUGGGGGAAAUGGACAGGGAAGUGAAUUAAAUCGGUUAAAUAAUCCUUAUGGUAUUUAUAUUGAUGAUGAUAGUGAAAGUAUUUAUAUUGCUGACUCUAACAAUCAUCGUAUUGUUAAAUGGAAAUUUGGUGCACAUACUGGCGAAAUUGUUCCAAGUAGAAAUGAACCUGGGAGUGAAAUAUAUAGCUUGUCUACUCCAACGGAUUUAAUUCUUGAUAAAGAGAAGAAAUACCUCAUCGUUUGUGACCCUGACAACCAGCGAGUGAUGAAAUGGUCUCUUGAAAAUAGUCAGGAUCACCAGGUAUUAAUAAAUGAUAUUGUUUGCUGGAGUUUAGCAAUGAAUAAUGAUGGAGAUCUUUAUGUUUCUGACAAGCAAAGACAUCAAAUCAGACGUUGGCAGCAAGGAAAUAAAGAAUAUACAGUUGUAGCAGGUGAUAAGGAAGCAGGAGAUAAAUUAAAUCAACUUAAUUAUCCUGAACAUAUUUUCGUUGAUAAACAUCAUACAGUUUACGUAAUAGAUUCAGGUAACAAUCGUGUGAUGAAAUGGACAGAAAAUGCACUCGAAGGCAUUUUUAUUACUUCAAGACAACCUUAUGAAGGAAAUUGUAAUACAUAUGGUGCCUUCAUAGGCGUGACUGCUGAUGAUAUGGGUAAUAUUUAUGUGUCGAGUGCGGGAAUUCAUGAAGUAACGCGUUGGUCACCAGAUGCAAAGGAAUGUUCUAAAAUCGUUGGUAAAGGAUACGCUGGAAACGGUCCGAUGGAAUUAGACAACCCAAAUGAUUUAUCAUUUGAUCGACAUGGUAAUCUUUAUGUUGUCGAUAAAUACAACUACCGAAUACAAAAAUUUGCUAUUGAUCUUGACUGA